CGGCAUGCCAUUAUGCCUUUGGUCAAUGUGGUUAUAAAACCUCAUGGUCUAAAGAUUUUCAAUAACGAUUCUCCUUCUAUUAUACCACUGUGUUCGAUAUUUAGUUAACAUUAAGUUGGAGGUUAAAGCAUGGAAUACAUUAGAAGCCGUCUGGUUUUCGUCUAUUUGCUCGUCUGUUCGGUAGCUGCCCACAAAACCUUAAAAUGUGACACGACGGAUGACAUUUGUGAGUUUACGAUGGACGUUGGUUUCAAACAAACCAUGGUCGACGGCGACAACAAACUGGUUUAUCUUCAUGACGGGAUGCUAUACAGGUACGCCGUUAAUGCAUCUGACCCAUCCGCUUUGCCAACUUCUACUCACGGUAUCAUAACCGCAGAUGGCUACGCAGUACCGAGAAUAAUAAUAACCAUAAAUGGUCAAAUGCCUGGUCCCACGUUAAACGUUUACGAAGGACAAACUUUGAAAGUUCAUGUGACAAAUAACCUGUAUAGUGACGCAAUUGCCAUUCAUUGGCAUGGAAUUCAUCAGAUUGGAACUCCUUGGAUGGAUGGAGCAGCUUAUGUGACGCAAUGUCCAAUAAAUCCCGGACAAUCCUUCACUUACGAGUUCAGGGUCCCUAGCGCAGGCACGUUCUUUUACCACAAUCACAUUGGGAUGCUUCAAAUGUUGGGGUUGAACGGCGCUCUUAUUGUCAGAGAAAGGACACAAAAUUCGUCUGAGGAGCAUGUCGUCUUGAUAACAGAAUACAACCAUGAACGGGAGGCAGAUCUACAGCUUCAAAAGAAUAUGUUUGGUGAUUACAAACCAUUAGAGGCGCCAUUUGAGGUACCGGCAAUCGACGGUACAUCGUUUACGAAAAUGAAAUGGCAUGCAGGGCUUAUAACCGUUAUUGGCGGAGGCAAUGCUUUUCCAUUUAGAUUCUCUAUGGACGGACAUAGUCUUAAAAUAGUGGCUGGCGACGGAUUCCACAUAGAACCGAUAACUGCUGAGUCGAUAAUAUUACACAAUAAAGAGAGGUGCGAUAUUGAAAUGAUAGCACACCAAAGUGUGGGAAACUACUGGAUUAGAGCAAAGACUCUUGAGGCCGGGGUGGACCACUCUGUUUACGCCAUUUUACGGUAUAACGAAUAGGAUACUUCAGAACCAUUGACAUCAAAUCGGGCGUGUACCUCGAGUGAGAGGUGUGUUGUUGUAAAUUGUCCAUUUUUAGUGUAUCCUGGUCAACCAAAUGUCGACUGUAUAACUUUUAAUGAUAUAAAGUUUCCAUCGAGAAAGACACGAUAAUGAUUCCAAAGGGAGGCUAUGCUGUUGUUAGAAUUACUGACAACAAUCCAGGUCUUUGGAUGCUCCAUUGUCACAUGGAUCCACAUACAAAGAGAGGAAUGGCUGUGCUUUUGAAUAAAUCAUUCUCUGAGGUUCCACCUUUCUGUUUUGUAUUUCGAUUUCAGACACAAUUCCGAUCGCGACAUUUUGGGGAAUUUUCGGAGCACUGUUAGCGAUUGCUGCAAUUGAGCUGUUCACAAUCAUAGGAAUGUGCGUGUAUUAUGGACGAACAACUACAAACACAUUAAGUUAAAAUUGUAGAUAAAACAGAUGUACAGUACUAAAAUUUAAUUUGCACAUAUUCAACGUAAAGUCACUCACUGUAGUUUUGUGUAUUUGAUUUUUA